GAAGCCCGGAGAAACAGGAUCAGAUAGAAGAAUGAGCCAGAAUGGAGAGGAGGCGGCGGCAGCAGCCACAGACAGGGACCAGUUUGUGGGGUUCUUCCCCCAAGUUGUGAAGGAUCUGACAGAAGAUGACCUCCACAACGCGGAGGUGUCUGAUGCCGUCGCCAGGCUGAAGCAGGUGGUGGAAUACAAUGCCGUCGGGGGGAAAUAUAACCGGGGCCUGACGGUGGUGGCUGCUUUCCGGGAGUUGGCUGCGCCAGAGCAGCAGGAUCCGAAAAGCUUCCAACGUGCUCUAGCUGUCGGAUGGUGCAUUGAACUGCUGCAGGCCUUUUUCCUGGUGGCAGACGACAUCAUGGACUAUUCAGAGACCCGCCGGGGCCAUCCCUGUUGGUACAAAAAGGAAGGAAUUGGCUUGGAUGCUGUGAACGACGCUUUCUUGCUGGAGUCCACCAUCUAUCGCCUGCUGAAGCGAUACUGCCGGGGUCAGCCGUACUACCUGAACUUGCUGGAGCUGUUUCUCCAGACAUCAUACCAGACUGAACUGGGGCAAGCACUGGAUCUUAUCACUGCUCCCCCAUCUAAGGUGGAUCUGAACCGCUUCACAGAACAGAGGUACAAAACGAUUGUCAAAUACAAGACGGCCUUCUACUCAUUCUACCUCCCAGUGGCGGCUGCAAUGUACAUGGCUGGCAUAGACAGUGAUGAGGAACAUGCUCAUGCUAGGACCAUCCUAUUACAGAUGGGGGAGUUCUUCCAGAUCCAGGAUGAUUUCCUUGACUGCUUUGGUGACCCUGAAAUGACCGGGAAGAUCGGUACGGACAUCCAGGACAACAAAUGCAGCUGGUUGGUGGUGCAAUGCUUGAAACGAGCCUCUGCAGAACAGAGACAACUUCUAGAGGAGAACUAUGGACAAAAGGAUCUGGACAGAGUUGCACAUGUGAAACAGCUCUAUGAGGAGCUGGGCCUGAAGAAAAUCUACCAGGACUAUGAGGAGAGCAGCUACCAGUGCUUAUCGGACCUUAUUUCCCAGCAUGCUGUACGUCUGCCGAGCCAGAUCUUCCUUGGCCUGGCCCAGAAGAUCUACAAGAGGCAGAAAUGACAGACUCUGCUAUCAAGAAGGAAGCCAGCCUAUAAAUACUUGUCACAUGUGUGUUUGUGUGGGAAGGUGGGUUUCCCCCCAUCUUUCCUGCCAUUGAUUAGUGGAAC